AUGGAGUCAAGGGCGAGUUCGAUCGUUGCAGCGAAGCGCGAGUCUGUCCCCACUGCUGGCAGUGUUUUCUUCGUCUCGUCUAAUGGGCGCGUGCUCAAGUUGCCGAUCCCAAGUAAAUCGUAUCGGGAUCCGCUUACGUGGUCUUGGACGAAGAGGCUUUUGGGUUUUUUGGCGCUGCAGUGCUUUUCGAUGGCUGCGUCGUUUGAGCUCAAUCUGCCGGGGCUGUUGCUCCAGGCAAUUGGGGAGGAGUUCAAGAACAAGCCAAUGGGUCCUUUUGGAGUACAGUCGUUAUCGUCGGCGAUGACUCUCUUUACUGGAGUUGGAUACUUGAUCGGCAUUCCGCUAUCCACAGCAGUUGGACGACGACCUAUUGUUGUUGGUGCCGCUGUGGUGACCACUCUGUCGACCCUUUGGGCUGGCUAUGCUGGAUCAUUCUUGCAAUUAAUUGCUGCCCUCAGCUUACAAGCCCUCGCGGCAGGAUCAGCAACAGGGAUGUUCAUCCUCAUCCUCAUCGACGCCACCUUCAUCCACGAACGUCCCAGCGCUCUCUCACUAUUCUGGUGCACAGGCUCAGCACUCAUCAAACUCGCCCUCUUAAUCCUCCCAUUAACAACCGACACUACACUAACCUGGCGAUGUGUAUACAAAGUCUGGGUUGCACCGUGCAUACUCGCAUUCAUUUUAGUUCUCUUCUGUGUCCCCGAGACAUACUUCCUCCGUCCUCCCGUCGCACUCGAUGGCCGAGUGCUAGUUCAAAGCAGCUCCGAGAAAGUAGAGAUCUAUGGAGGGUGGGAUGAAAUUGAGCUGAUCCGGAAUGACAAGCCUCUACCUGACUUGCCGUCUUCUUGGUCAAUCUGGUCUCACUUCAAAGUCUCGAGAGCACCUGGCACAAAGUGGGAGUCAGUGCUCGCUACAUACGGACAAAUGUUCUUGUGUAUUCUCAACCCUCUUACCUUUUGGGUCUCUCUACUUACCGGCAUCAUCCUCAGCGGUGUCAUCUUCCUGAAUCUCACACAGCCCAGCGCUCUUAUUGCAAUGUACGGUGCCAAAGAAACAGGAUGUAUCAAUAUCUUGCUUGGCGUCGCAGGUGUUGUUGGCUCUAUUCUCGCAUUCCCUCUCACAGGACCAUUCGCUUCCUGGUUCACGCGAUGCUACACCUUUCGCAAAGGUGGUAUUCGCCACGCCGAAGUCUACCUGGCUCUAUUUUCCAUCCCUGUCAUUACCGGCCUAACAAGCGUGCUUCUCAAUGGCCUCGCCCUUGUCAACAGAUGGCCUUCCGUCUGGAUCUACAUCACCUCAGCUAUUAGCAUCAUCAGUUAUCUCACUGGCAACGUCGCCUUUACUCUCUGGAUCACCGAGGCUUUCCCGCGAUGGGCAGCAGCAGCGCUCGCUGUUCAACUGUUCACUGGAAACAUGUUUGGUUUCGGGAUUGGCACUGCCAUAGCGCCUUGGGUUCAGGAGGGUCAUAUUCUACAACCAACUAUCCUCAUCUUUGUCUUGAUGCUUGUUAUGGGAGCCAUGGCGGUCCCGGCGGCGUUUUGGGGCAAGACCGUAAGGCAGUAUAUCCAAGGACGAUGGAGUGACUCUGAGAGAACUGCGCUUCGCCCUCAGUAGGUAAGCGAUGUAUCAAAAAAGGACCUUGGGUCCAUGUACAAGCCAUGUGAUGGCACAAGAAAAGUGUUUUCUUAGCGUUCAGAG